UCAUAUGCAGUGAGAAUGGCCCUCGCAUUAAAAACGUACGCUGUGAUUUUGCAUGCGAGAUUAAAUUUUGUUUUAGGAUCAUUUGUGCCAAAAUAUAAUGCAUGCGAGUAUCAGGUGGAUAAUUUUGGACAUUUUGUAAACAAAUUUGUAUUUGAGCGAUUGGAAAUGGAUGAAAUACACUUAAAAAGACUGUUGGAGGAAAAUAUUUUAAGAGUGGAAAGAGAAAACUGGGAACAAAUUUAUAAAGAAAGCCAAGAAGAAAAUGCAAAAGUAUCAGAAAGAAUCCUUAGAGAAAGUCAAAGAAAGAUCGGAAAUGUAGUCAUUAAGCAAAAGUUUAAGUCAUCCAAAUUCAAAAAGCCGCUAGACUCUAUUAUACAACCUAAUGAAGAGCUAACAAAGCAGUCAACCUGCGAUGAUCGAUUGUUUGAUAUUCAACAUAUUCACUUUUUGAAUCACUAUAAAUCUCAGUUACAGCAGCAACAAUGGGAAUUGCAAAAGAGGCGUUCAGCAUAUGCUAUACCUCUCUCUUUACCAAGUCAAAAAGAUGUAUGUUCUGGUGUCAAAAAUAUUCCUGAGAUCAAUAAAAAGGAAACUAAUAAGGAGAACAAUAAUUUGUUACACAUUGUUUGUAAAGAAGGGGCCAAAAAACUUACUAUACAGAAGCUGCCCAGUAUUAGUAUUUAUAACAAAAGCUAUAAAGAAAAUUCGAACAUUUCAUUCGAAGAAAUUACAGAGUAUGAUGAAGACACUGGAUGUAAAAUGACAGAAUUUCAAGAUGAUUCAACUAAAAUUCCCCCACCUUUUCAACGCCAUAAGAUAGUUACUGAUUCUUUACUUUCUAAAAGAAAUGAGAAUAUGAGAAUUCAUCACCCUGAAAGAUCAGUAUUUGCAGAAGUUAAUAAUUCUCAGACCUAUAUUGACAAAACUUAUUUAAAAACAUUAGUGAGAGAGGUUUUGGAAGAUUCAAAAAGUCCGUCUGGUCCCCAACUUUUUUCAAAACCAAGUACAGAAAAUAUGUGUUCCUUUAAAAUGAACCCUUAUCAAAAUUCAAACUGUCAGUCAUUUGGAAAAAAGGAACAAAAUUGCAGUUGCCAUAUCAAUGCAAGGUAAUAAUUAUACUAUGUUCUUUUACAAUGUGAUUAUUUGUCUCUCAAAA